AUAAAAAUAAAUGGUUUUUCCAUACAAAUUUCUAUGUAAAAUUUAAUCGCUUUGCGCAAAGUGGGUACUGAAUAGGGUGCCCAGAAUAUGGGACUUUUUCUCAAAACCUUGCUCCACAAGCUAAUUAUUGUUCAGUUUUCGUCUGACAGCCGGAGACAGCGGUUGUUUUUUCUGCUGUUUUCGUGGCGAGGCAAAGUGCUUACGGAUGGAGGUGAAAGAACUCUCCGAUGGGGACGAAUUUCGUUCCGUAAACGGAACGGGGAAGCGGAGGAAGACCAGCGACGGAGCCGUUGUCGGGAAUGGCCCAGAGGAGAAUCUUCUCUACAACAACAAGUUCAGCCCGCUGGCGGAGAACAACAACAACAAUGGUAUCCCAGCCAUGAAAGGAAGCGUCCCACCGGUUCCAGUGGCCAAGAAACCACCUCCUCUGUUGGUAAAGAAUAUGAGCUUCGGCAAGCUGAGGAGUGUAAUGUUGACGUGCAUCACCAAGCCAAGUUACAAGCUGACUCCGUUUGGGAUCAAAAUGCUGUGUAUCUCAGAGUACCGUUUCGAAACCGCGCGGACCCACUUGAUUGCGAACAAAGUGGAAUUCUAUACCCACGAGACGGAAAAGUAAGCCGGGGAGUACAGUUCGACUGAGCUGUGGGGCAUUUUCUCCGAAUACAUCGGCAAGUUUAAGACCUGCAAGACCCGCUUGGACCAAGUAACCCUCGUCAGUUACAUGAUCUCCAAGUAUGGUGUCUAUGGAGUUGUUUUUGAUGUCUAUUAUAUAUAAGAAGUUGAUCGAUCCUCGGUCCUAACCUGGUCGUAGCACCUAAGAGGACCUAAUAAAAAUAAGUUUAGAAUAAAAAAAAGCUGGUUAUUGUUCCUUGAGCUAUUUUAGGACUCUGGGCCAAAUAUGAGCAAAAUUGGUCAACAUUUACCCAUUGAUACUCGAAAGUGAAGUUUGUAUGGGAAAAAUUGAAAAAAAUGUAUGGAAAACUCAACUUGCUUACGGUUUGAUCUGCACUAUGCGCAACUUCCAUCCAAAUAUUCUCAAAAGUGAGAUUCUUAUUGAAAAUUUAAUGCUCUACAACUUUGAAGAACAUAC